GAAGUCCAGGAGCGCUGGUACGCCCUGCUGUACGACCCUGUCAUCUCCAAGCUGGCCUGCCAGGCCAUGAGGCAGCUGCACCCAGAGGCCAUUGCCACCAUCCAGAGUAAGGCCCUGUUCAGCAAGGCCGAGGAACAGCUGCUGAGCAAGGUGAGAUCCACUAGCCAGCCCACCCUGGAGACCUUCCAGGACCUGCUACACCGACACCCCGAUGCCUUCUACCUGGCCCGUACUGCCAAGGCUUUGCAGGCCCACUGGCAGCUCAUGAAGCAGUAUUACUUGCUGGAGGACCAGACAGUGCAGCCGCUGCCCAAGGGGGACCAAGUGCUGAACUUUUCUGAUGCUGAGGACCUGAUUGAUGACAGUAAGCUCAAGGACAUGCGAGAUGAGGUCCUGGAACACGAGUUGAUGGUUGCUGACCGGCGCCAGAAGCGGGAGAUUCGGCAGCUGGAGCAGGAACUGCACAAGUGGCAGGUGCUAGUGGACAGCAUCACAGGCAUGAGCUCUCCGGACUUCGACAACCAGACUCUGGCCAUGCUGCGGGGCCACAUGGUCCGCUACCUGAUGCGCUCCAGAGAGAUCACCCUGGGCAGAGCAACCAAGGACAACCAGAUUGACGUGGACCUAUCUCUGGAGGGUCCGGCCUGGAAGAUCUCCCAGAAGCAAGGUGUCAUCAAGCUGAAAAACAAUGGGGAUUUCUUCAUUGCCAAUGAGGGCCGCCGGCCCAUCUACAUUGACGGACGGCCUGUGCUGUGCGGCUCCAAGUGGCGUCUCAGCAACAACUCCGUGGUGGAGAUUGCCAGCCUGCGGUUUGUCUUCCUUAUCAAUCAGGACCUCAUUGUCCUCAUCCGGGCCGAGGCUGCCAAGAUCACAGCACAGUGAAGAAUGAUGGCAGGACCUGGGGCUCUUUCUGGCCUCAGUUUCUCCUGCCAGUCCAGCCGCCUUGAACUGGGAGUGCAGGCUCCUGGAAAGAAAACAGUGGGCAGCGGAGCCCAUUGAUCUGAGCCUUUUGCAGGAGCACAGGGCUGGGACCUCCAGCUUCCUUAGAGCCAGAGCACCCCCUCUUCUCUUCCAGCCCUGCAGACAUCCUCUUCUUUCCCUCUAGACCAGCAUUUCUCAGCCAAGGGCCGUAUAGCCCAGGAUGUCCCAAGGUGGCCACAGGUGAAAAUAGUGUAAAUGGGGUCACUGAGACUAGGGGGCAAC